AUGACGCGUGAAGAGCACAACGCAACAGGAAGAACAGAUGAAGUCUGCACAGGAACGACACCCGCUGAAGCUGCUGGUGACACCGACGUACAAAGAUUAGCAGAUGGAGAAAGUUUUGACUCUACACAGCGUAAAGCCGCCCUUCCGACGAAACUUGGUAUUGGAGUCGAAGGCGGAUUCCCAAUGGAGGAUGAUUGCACGUCUGGAGAUGCCUGUCCGGCUGCACUGGGGCGUACGUUUCAAUACUGCCUCGCCGUAUUGCCAUCGCUGCUGAAAGUACCUGCUGGGUUUUCUUCUCCGUCUAGUACUACUAGCACAGACGGUGCAGACUUGGUGGAGCUCCUGCAUAUACAAGAAGCCUGGGAGCAGGAAUUACUGAAGCAAAUUGUAUUUCUACCGCUUGACAGCCCAGGAGUGCCGGAGAAGAUACGACGUGCAUGCGACGCAGUAGUUGAACAUCGCGGGUCUGGGGCUCCUACAGCAACAACAGGAGCAGGUGGAGCUGUUGCAUGGGAAGAGGAAGUGAAGGUCAGCAAAUAUGCGGCAACACUGGAACAAGUCCAAAACCCUCCGUCAAUCGGACCCACGGGAUGGCGUUGUGUCGACUGCGGCGCCACUACCAAUCUAUGGCUCAACCUUUCUGAUGGGCACAUCGGAUGUGGACGGAAGUUGUACGGCGUGGGCGGAGGAUGUCUCGACGGAUCGGAAGGCGCAGCGAUUCGACAUUAUCACGCAACAGGAGAGAAAUAUCCCUUGAUCGUGAAACUUGGGACUAUCACGCCUUACUCUGCGGAUGUGUAUUCGUAUGCAGUAGACGAGGACUGCAGCGUUAUUGACCCGUUGCUACCCGAACAUCUUGCGCACUUCGGUGUACACAUUCAGCAGUUAAGUAAAACAGAGAAGAGCACGAACGAACUGGCAGUGGACUGGAAUGUCCACCACGAAUGGAGUCGAGCAACCGAAGCUGACACUCACUUGCGUCCAUGCAGUGGGGCUGGCUUCGUUGGGUUGAGAAAUCUCGGAAACUCUUGCUAUGUUAACUCUGUUGUGCAAGUGCUCACGUCAAUACCAGAGCUACGAGAGAAGUAUGUAUCCUUAUUUCCAGUACUUCUAGCUGCCCUGCCUAUCAAGGGUCUAACGGGAGGCAGCAGUAGUACAGCCGGACUUAUAAGUAAUGAUUUCCUACUGCAGCACAGUAGUCUUGCAAUGGCUCUUCAUACUGAUCGCUAUCCCCUUCAAGACAGACGAAGGAAAGCAGCUAUCAUCCACCAAGCAAAAGAUACUUCGGGUUCGUUGAGUAGCAACAGGAACAACAGCGACGCCAUCAUGCAACGAGCUCCUCAACACGUAGACGAUAAAAACGAUGAUAUCUUCAAAAAAAUAGCGUACCUGGAUGCAGACAGCGUGACGCCUCAGCUGUACAAACACGUCGUUGGAGUCCAACAUGCAGAGUUCGCAACUCUACAUCAACAAGACGCAGAGGAGUUCCUUUCACUUCUUCUGCAGUGGCUUGGCUCUCGUGAUCGAGAGGCUCGUAGUAGACUACAAGAGGCGAAGCGUCGCUUGCAGCACGAGCAGCACAAGAGAGAGAUACAGUCUGCUGUUGUCGCUGCGUCGGGAUGUACAACGUCUGAUAUUACACGUGCAGAGAAAGCACUCGAAAGCAGCACUCUCGAACGCCUUUUCACAUUCGUGGUAGAGCAAAGAAUUCAAUGCAGCGCAACACAACAAGUGAGAUACUCUUACACACGUCAGCAAGUAUUAGCGCUACCAGUUCCCAUGGACCCUGCUAUACAAGAAAGAUUUGAAGAGCAGCAGCAGCAGCUGCAGGAGCAUCAACAGCGGUACAAACGACAUCGUGUUGGCGGAGAGGAACUUCGUGAAGAUGAUGCAGCUGAAGCAGAAGCUGCCAUACACAACAAAGCGUCUCUUACUUCAGGUUCAGACAAGGAGGCAGAUAACACAGAGACAACGCCGCCAAGCCUACCCACGUACAACUUCUCAGAGUGCGUAGGAGCGUUCGUGGCUCCAACGCUACUGACAGACUAUCAUUCUUCUGCCACAGGCAAAAGAGGAGAAGCCCUCAAACAAAUGAGACUCGCAAGCUUCCCACCCUAUUUGGUCGUUCACCUCAAGCGGUUCUUUGCUGACCAGCACUGGCAGGCAAGGAAGCUGUAUUGCCCUGUUCUGGUCCCUGAAGAUGUCAAUAUGGAAAACAUGAGGGGAACAGGAUUACAGGAGGGGGAGGUGGCACUGCCUGAAGAGGACGAAGGUGCUGCGUCAAAGAGACGGAGGGAUGAAGAUUUGGCUGCUUCUCACAACUGCAGUAGCGCUACACAGUUUGAUGAAGAACUUCUUGCUCAGCUGAUGUCUAUGGGUUUCACCGAAAAUGCGUGCAAACGGGCAUGCCUGGCGGUGCAGAACAGCAGUCCAGAUGCAUGUGUCGAGUGGAUUAUGGCGCAUCUCAAUGAUGAAAAUCUGAACCACCCGCUCCCCUCAAACGAAUCGUCAUCAAGUGCUACUGGUGCAACGGCUGGCGGAAAAAGAGAAGUUGACACUCGCAUCGAGGCCGCCUUACCGUCACUUAAAUCCAUGGGAUUUACGGAGAGGCAGGCACGGGCUGGUUUGCUUGCCGUGACUUCUGCUAGUGGAGACAGCAGCACCAUUCCAGCCUUUUGCGAUAGAGCGGUGGACUGGUUACUAAGUCAUUCCGAAGACUUGAACACAGCCGUCGAAACUGUGUUGAGAGAGGAGGAGCUAAAAAAGCAGCUCGAGCAGCAGGAGAAUGCGGCCGACGGUGCAGCAUCAGAGCAGGUGGAUCCUAAUAUGCCGCCACUGCAGAGAGCCUUGAGGGGGAUUGAUGAUGGUAGUGGCUGCUAUUCAUUGCACGCGUUCGUUACUCAUAUCGGGAAAAAUGCCAGCUGCGGCCAUUACGUUGGUCAUGUAAAACGUGGUGAUAAAUGGAUUCUGUUCAAUGACGAAAAAGUCGCGGAGGCCGUAAAUCCUCCUGUUGAUCUCGGAUUUUUAUUGGAUAAGGCCGUGUACAGCUCGUGCAGCUGUCAUCAGUCUGUGCAGCGGGUGACCCCCCCCAGCGCAUACGAUGGAGAACAGCUUGAUGGGCGCUAUAAGGUGUCAGCUCAUACCAACUUCCUACCACCAGUACACUGA